AAAGCUACUCUAGCAUUUAUGUGCUUGCUUUUAAUUUUACUCGCACAACAUAAACACAGAAAACACACACACUCGUCUUCAUACCUCAAAACCCACACAGAACAACCAUGGACAAAGUGAAGAAAGAAAUCGUGGAGCCUUCUCAACGCAAGUCUCCAGAUCCUUCUAUUCCUCCUAUUUUGAUUGAUCUCGGCAGCUCUGACUCUGACGAUGACUCCGACUCCGACUCAUCGUCUUCCUCUUUUUCCGGCGAGAAGCGUCCCCGGAGCCCCGACGGCGGCGGCUUUUACAUGCUCAAGCGGAGGAAGAAGGAGAAAGGCUCCGGCGUAACUUUGCCGGUCGGUUUUCUUGAUCCUCUUCCGGCGAAAGAGCCGGUUCCGGCGCCGCUUUCGGUGGUUCCGUCGGUGGAGGAGAAUGUGACGACUGCGGCCAUUGUUCCGGUGUCGAAUGCCAAUGCGAAUAGCGGUGCCGUUUCGGCGUUGGGGAGUUGUCAUAAGCAGUUUUGGAAGGCUGGGGAUUACGAAGGAGCUAUCAGUAGUAAUUGGGAAACAUCUGCUGGUGGUAUGGAUCAUGUACGCGUUCAUCCCAGGUUCCUGCAUUCGAACGCAACAAGUCAUAAAUGGGUUCUUGGCGCUUUUGCAGAACUUUUGGACAACUCACUGGAUGAGGCUGUGAAUGGAGCUAACUGUGUCAACAUUGAUAUGAUAAAAAGCAACAAAGAUGGUAGCAGAAUGUUACUGAUCGAAGACAAUGGGGGAGGAAUGGAUCCUGAAAAAUUGAGGCAGUGCAUGUCUUUGGGCUAUUCUCUAAAAAGCAAAGUGGCAAAUACAAUUGGACAAUAUGGAAAUGGAUUUAAAACCAGUACAAUGAGACUUGGAGCUGACGUGAUUGUAUUCUCACGAUGUUCUGGGUCAGCUGGAAAGAGAGCCACGCAAAGCAUUGGGUUGCUGUCCUACACAUUCCUAAGGAGUACAGGAAAAGAAGAUAUAGUAGUGCCUAUGCUUGAUUAUGAAAGAAGUGGUUUGGAAUGGAAAAAGAUGACACGAUUAUCUACUGCUGACUGGGAUAGGAAUGUAGAGACCAUUUUGCAGUGGUCUCCAUUUUCAAGUGAAGCGGAACUUUCUCGACAGUUUAAUCAGAUGAAAGAUCAAGGUACGCGUAUAAUUAUAUACAAUCUCUGGGAGGAUGGCCAAGGACUGUUGGAACUUGAUUUUGAUAGCGACCAACAUGAUAUCCAAAUAAGAGGUGUAAAUCGAGAUGAUAAAAAUAUACAGAUGGCACAUCAGUAUCCUAACUCGAGGCACUUUUUGACAUACCGGCAUUCAUUAAGGAGUUAUGCAUCAAUUCUGUAUCUCAGAGUUCCGCCAGGCUUCCGUUUCAUUCUCCGUGGGAAAGAUGUUGAGCACCAUAACAUAGUGAAUGAUAUGAUGAUGACCCAGGAGAUUACUUAUCGCCCUAAUCCAGUCGCUGAGGGCAUACCGAAGGAUUUAAAUAUGGUAGCUGUUGUGACUAUGGGUUUUGUAAAGGAUGCAAAGGCUCAUAUUGAUGUCCAAGGAUAUAACGUUUAUCAUAAAAAUCGACUCAUCAGGCCAUUCUGGAGGGUUUGGAAUGCAGCGGGAAGUGAUGGUCGUGGAGUUAUAGGUGUGUUGGAAGCUAAUUUUGUUGAACCUGCUCAUGAUAAACAAGGAUUUGAGAGAACAAUAGUUUUGUCGAGACUAGAGACAAAAUUAGUUCAGCUACAGAAGACAUACUGGUCAACGAACUGUCACAGAAUCGGUUAUGCUGCAAGGCGGAAUAAGAAAUUUCUUGAUGAUAGAGAGCCUUCGCCUGAUAAUAUUCCGAAACUGGCUUCUAAUAAGAAAAAAGACAGUAAUGUCUUUAGUGGAAAAGCACCAGUUUUGGAUUCAUUUGGUAAACACUCCUCACAUACAAGUGGGGGAAAAGAAGCAAGAAAACAAUCAAAACGCGGGGACAUGGGUCUUGGCAGUGGAAAGCGAGAUUACACUAAUGGAAAACAUGGAAAGAGACACCCCAUGAAAUCUGGAACGGAACAGAAUCAUGUUGAUCUAACAUCAUCUUCCCAAAAAGAUACUUCUGCCACUGAUGUGCAAAAUUCCGCAUCUGAAGGUGAACAACCAAAUGGCGGGAUGUCUCAUAAAGGUUUAUCGUCAAAAAAGUUCUCUAGAAGUGGUGGCUUCCUGGGAGCUCGGUCACCUUCUUGUUUGGAGCAGGAUGAUGCUGAACCAGCUUGCUCAUCAGGCAGAAGAGCUGAUCGAGGCAAUAGACCCCUGCAAUCCGAGAGAGAUGAUGUAGAUGCAAAUCUGGGUGGCUCCCCUUCAAGUUAUGGUUUUAAGACUUUGGAAGAUCUGAAAGAAGACAACCGUGAAUUGAAGAAGAGAUUAAAAAGAGAAGAAGAGAUUUCUCGGAAAUUGCAGCAAGAGCUACAGAACGAAAAAGAUCGGAAUGCAUUGCUAGAAUCUGAGCUCGAGGCUUCAACGAUGAAGAUUCAAGACAUGAACAAGGAACAAGAUAGUUUAAUAGAUGUUUUCUCAGAGGAGAGAGCGCGGCGUGAUAUUGAGGAGGAGAAUUUGAGAAAGAAGCUAAAGGAGGCAUCAAACACCAUCCGAGAGUUGCUUGAGCAGGUGAGACUGCUGGAGAGAAGAUGAAGUCUUGUAGGGGAAGUCAGACUAGCUCCAGUUCUGAAGUAGCCCGAUGAAGUUGCAGAAUAGAUUUGGGGUGUCAUUUGGAUGUGCCGGUGUAUAAAAUUUGAACAAUGAUCUGUCAUUAGACGUUGAAGGUGUAUAGGAGAUUUUACAUGUAUGAGCUUAUUGUCAACUUUACAUCGCCAAGCAUUGUUAUAUUGUACAUUUGUACUAAUUGUCUGAUUGGUAUAAUUUAUAAACAAAGUCUUAUAUUUUAAUUAAUUUUAUGAUAUAUAUGAGAUGUAAUUCUAUUUGUAA